AUGGCUGAACUUUUCUACCUUGAUGGAUUUUCUUUUGACGCAAAAGAUGCAGCGCAAAGUGUACAGAUAGAUGGGGAUGAUGAUUUACUGACAUAUCUUGACACUUUUUGUACUGCUAGCCCCGUUGCCAGAUCAUAUAGCCUGGCACAUGAAGCAGUGGGGACUGAAGAGCUUCUCCUUGUCAAUACAUCGGAUGACUCGAUAUAG